CAACGGCAAUUAAUAUUUCGUGGACGGGAUUUUUCGGAGCAUUGGUCAUCUCUCCCUUCAUCGUGGCCAUGUAGUUUCAAGCGUCUGUAAAAUAGACGUAGAAGCGCUGCUGUACGGGACCGAAAGCUAUCGUUUGUACGAAAAACGCUGGGAUGGCCGCUCUCAGGGAUGUUUCUGCUAUUAGUGAAGAUUCGGUAACAAAAUUAAAUACACAAUUGAAUAAGUCUAUGGUUUUAAUGGAAGACGCUGUAGAUACUCCGCCUCAAAAUCAUAAACGUAAAUCUAUCACAAUUAAUACAAAAGCGCAACCACGUAGUGUAACUAAUAGUCCUGCGGUUAAAUCCCGUAAGAGUAUCUUGAAAAAAUCUGAUAAAACGUUCAACGAAGAUUCAGCAAACAAUGGAAUUGUUGAGAUGAAUGGUAGCGCUGAAGAAUUAGGCAAUGCAACAUCUCAGAGAUUAUCGUCAUCUGCCUCGGUUUCAUCAAGACCACAUACUCUUCAAGAAAUAGUUCAGAAAGAGACACUAGAAGAAGAAAAUAUAUCCUCCACGUUUAGUCUGGAGGAUAUAUCGGACAGUGAAGACAUUUGGGUUAUGGAUCUUCCCAGAUCAAUAGAUACACAAGAACUUCGUGGUCAAAUGAUAGCCUUUGAAGAUAAAUCAAAAUUUAAAAUUAAAGACGAACGAUAUUGUAUAGUUGCGCAAAAUACGAACUACAAUGUUACAUGUGUUUUUAAUACCAAGAGGACUUCACACAUGUAUAAGACUGUAAAUAUCAAGCCAGCUGGUUCAUUAUCUGUAAGGAGGAAAUUAUCUGGAGCACGGGACGUAAAACCAGUAUCUAUAGAGAACUCUGGUGUGCAGUUCCCUAAUGAUUUAAAAACAAGACAUCCAUUGUUUGGUGUUAUUCGUGAACGUAAGAGAAGAUCGAGGAAACGUAGCGUACCUAAAACACACUAGGAAUAUAAUGAAAUUAAUUGGAGCAGAUUUUAUAUAUAAUUGUAUUAAAGAAAUGAGGGAUACUUGAUAUAAGAAUUUAUGUAAAACAACUAUCUUUGCAAGAAUUUUUAUCUUUUCACUAUAACGAUUACAAAUAUUUGUAUAAAUAUAUAUUUUUAUGAAUGCAUUCGCGCAGACGCAAAUCAUACGAUGAAGACAUUCAGUGCAUUAGAAUAAAACAUCAAAUGUAUAAAAUAUUCUAUAUUUAAUAUAGAAUAUAGACUAUGUAUUUAUACACAGUGAGCUAUUUAAACUAAGUAACAUUAAAUUUCAUUUUUUUUU